AUGUCCAAAGACCACCGAUCCGCAUGGAUCUGUGUUCAUAAUCAACAGCGAGGCAUUUACAUGACAACAAGUUGUUCUGACACUCAAUUUCAGCUAUGCAUAGACUUGAACUCAGAUAUUAGCAUCCCUUUCAAAUAUACUAACACCAUUUCUAUUUUUAUUUCAGGCUUCUUUAUUCAACACUAUACUGGUAGAGUAGAUCGUUGGGAAAGGGUGAGUUGUUAGAGGUUUGUCAACUCACUUCCAAUAUUUAUGUAGUAGACUCGUACACACAACAAGCCAACAGCUUUGGGCAAUACAAGAACCGCCACGCCUACAGAGCUUAGGUUUUCUGCCUCCAGUUGUGGCUUCGGAGAGAGAAAAUCUGAGAGAAAGAGACAGGAAUUUCAGGAUUUCAGACAUGAUUCUCUCCCAGAUAUGUCAGGGACUGAACCUGUCAGCUUUGGCCUGCAAAGCAGAUGAUCUUACCACUUCGCUAUGCCCCUCAGUUUAUUCAUUGCUUUGCCUCUUUGUCGUUUUCUGUUCUUUACAGUGUACUCAUAAGUAAGCCCCUCUGAGCUCGGUGGGGUUUACGCCUUGGGAAGGGUGUUUUGGCUCACCACAUCAGCUGCAAAUCUUGACACCUUUAUGUGUUCAAUGCAAAAAAAGAAGAAGAGCAGGUGGACAGCUCACUACUUUGUUGAGACCUUGCUUCCAAAAUGUGAAAAUGGUUUAGCAAGAAGAACUUUGAGACCUGCGGGUAUAGGAUGGAAUAUAAAUUCAAACAACAAACAACAACAACAACUCAAAGCCAUUUCUGAUCCAUUCACACGCCUCACUCUCAGAAAAUGAGAGAUUAUCCGACCCAUUUCAUAUCUCACGCAAAUGGAUAGCUGGAGUAUUUUUAGUAAAGGCCUCCUUUCUCAUUUUUUAUUAUUUUUCUUUUUGUUUUUGGCAGACCCAACCCAGCCAUUUUCUAGCCCAGCUUGGCUUUGAGUCGCUGAGGUAAUAAUGGCCAUGACCAUUAUUCUCGACAAUUGCACUGAAGAUUAAAGGAACCCUAAAACUCUCGGAAUGAUAGAUUUACUUGCUAGGGGAGGGGGAAACCACAUAAAACUCUGCUCUGAAGAACACAAUUUUUUUUCCAAAAAAAAAUAUAUUUUACCUUUCUUGUGCUAACCAUUUUAUUUGACUGAAAGAGAUGCUAUCUCAAGGCAGCAGAUGUGAAGUGCUAACAAAUGGAACCCGUCUCAGAAGCCCUCUAAUCUAAAUGUUUUUUUAAUGUAUAAAUGCCAUAUGCUGAAUGGAAUUUUUUUUUUCCUCCCAGGCUACUAUUUUUUUUUUAUCUUGCUCUUUUCAUGAAGCUCUCUAGUGAGAGAUGGUAAGAUAGCUGAACCUGUCACCACUGACCACAUUGCUCUAAGGCUCAGCACAUGCAUGAAUCCCCAAAGUCCUCUGAAAAGGCAGGAGAGAAAGAAGGUCAUGCAAGAGACACAUAAGGAGGUCUCUGUGUUGGCAGAGGAAAGGAGGUUUCUUAUACCAUCCUCAAGCACCAGUCAAUUCACAUAUGGAAACGUUUGUUUUACUUUCCAAAAUACAUUUUGCAUUUUUAAGCGAAGGUCCAAGUGAAACUUCUACAUCGAUUCAGGUAAGAGUCAUGUCAAAUCGGCAGAAAAUACUGUUUAGGUAAUAAAUAGGAGGUAAUAAACUGGCAUUGCAAGACUAUACUUACAUGUCUUCCCAGAAGUAAGUCCCAUUAAGGUCAAUGGAGCUUAUACCCCUUGCAGCCAUUUUUUAAAAAAUAAAAAGGCUGUAAACUUGUGGGGUAGGAUCAAAAUGCAGCAGAUCCAUGUUGGAGAGAGACAAGGAUCUUUCCCUUUUAAAUUAUAACUUUUUUUUAUUUUGGGGAGGAUCUUUCAGAGUAAUGGAUGAAAUUCAAAAAGAGCAAUAAUUGCUCUAUUCCAAAAUACCUACUGCCAGUGCCACCCGCACACUUCAAGAGAAGAGCUUAUAUUUGGAGCUUGCCAGUGGGUUCCUCAUCUUUGUGAGCAAUAGGAUCAUUUUAAUAUCUCCAAGUGCUACCACACAGAGUAAUGAAAGAUGUAUAUGAUAUUAUAAAAAAUAUUUAUAGUCGCUGGCAAUACAUGCCUGCUUUAUUAUGAAAUAGAAAAAGUAUUGUCCAUCAUACCAUAGCAGUUAAGCCACUUGUGAAAAACAGCCUCAGGGAAAGAAAUCUCAUGGGUCCAGGUAAAUGAUGCAAUGAAGGACUCAUUCAGCAAAAUUCUUCACAGCUUCUUUUCAAUAGGUAAGCUGUUGAUAGAGAGGCCUUCAAUAUUUUGUUUUUCCCCAAACAGAAGACCAGAGACGUAAGGACAAGUGUGGGCACUGAUUGAAAACCUUACAAAUUUUGCCAUAGCUCUAUAAACAGAAAAAUAUGCAUAAGGUAGGGUUGCCAUAUUUCAAAAAGUGAAAAUCCAGACACCAAAGUUUUUGAGCUAUUUUGAAGGAAAUUUGCCAAAAUCCGACAUGGGUUGCCGGAUUUUCCCAGACGUAUCAGCAAUUUCCACAGACGCCGUUUCCAACUGCCAUAUUCCAGCUAUGUCCAGGAAAUUCUGGAUGUAUAGCAGCCCUCCAUAAGGGAGAAGCAAUUUAACCAUACCUUCUCCAUGACCUGUGCAGUGGGAAUAUGGAAGACCUUCAUACUGUUAGGGGUUAGUUGUGUACUGCAAUGGUGCCUCUCAUGCCCAACUGUCUUUUUGGGGGGAGGGAUUUGUGUUCCCUGAAUUAGCCCACCCAAUUUCUUGCCCCAUGUUCAGACACCUGCUUAUCUAUUGAUUAGGCACAGGCUCCAAGGUCAGCUAACUGUUAAAUGAGCACAGGGGUCCACUCACAUAGUCGCUGAGAAUGUUUAUGUGUACAGUGGUACCUCUGGUUAAGAACUUAAUUCAUUCCGGAGGUCCGUUCUUAACCUGAAACUGUCCUUAACCUGAGGUACCACUUUAGGUAAUGGGGCUUCCCGCUGCUGCCGCACCGCCAAAGCACAAUUUCUGUUCUCAUCCUGAAGCAAAGUUCUUAACCUGAGGUACUAUUUCUAGGUUAGCGGAGUCUGUAACCUGAAGCGUCUGUAACCCGAGGUACCACUGUACAAAUAUAAAAGGGACUUGGAAACUCUCCUUUACUUUAGCCUAUGUCGAGACCGUGGAAGGUGCUAUGUACUGGUGAUUACAGAAAAACAUCCAUUGCUGUUCCGUGAGGGUCCCCAGUGACUCAAGGAAUGUAAGCUGUCUGCCUUUUGCUUUGCUCUUUGUCCUUGUUUGGUUGCCUCAUCCGGCCUUUAAAUAAAAUCGGUUUUUCAACAAACAGACCUGGUAUGCUCUUUGCUAAGAAUCCAAAAAGAACCAUUGCUCUUGGCUGAACAACCUACUAGGUUUUUAAUGUUCAGGGUUUAAAACGCACAUGCAAAUGUGCAAAUCCCUGCAGGAUCAAGUGGUAUAGUCUAGAUCAGAAGUGUAUCCCUCACAUGAUUGCUGAUUGCAAGCAUCAGACUCCAUAGUUUAGCUAUAAAUGGGACUGGAAUGCUUUCUCACACUUCAGCAUGUUUUUGUCUUACUCCAAACAGCUGACCAUCCCCACUUGCUUUCUUCCUUGCAUGUGACUCAACUGUUGGCAGAGAACAAGAGAGCAGAUAUUGUGCUGUAGAAUGUGUUAGUUCAGUUCAAAGAGACUGAUAAUCUUGCAUCUUGCUCAUAAGUAUAAUAGAAUGCAAAAUGCUUUGGUAUUUGAUACUUCCCACCCCCCUCGUUCCAUUUUCAGAUGUUCAGGAUAUCUAUCCCCAAAAGUAAUGGUUUGAAUUUAUUAGCAUAAAUAUCUCCAGGCUAUCAAAAACCUUCCUUUUAUAUAGGUUAUGUAGAACUAUACUUUCCCCUCCCUGCAUUUAGGGCUUAAGAAUUUUGUUUUAAUCCUCGAUCUUCCCACAUACAGUGUUAAUUACACUUUGAUAAGCCAUGUUAGUAAGAUGGGGAGAUGAAGUGCAAAGAGCAAGAAUUCCCUUCGCAGCAACAAGACAACGCUAACUGGAAGUUUCUUAGAGGAAUACACCAACAGUUCAGAGGGGAGACAGAGACAAAGAGGGAGGGGGGAUGUCAGCAGAUAACACAAAACAAAUCAGAAUAAGCAAUAGGGGACAAACAAGUUCUGUUGAGAAGGCAUUAGAGCACGGGUGUCAAACACAAGGCCCGCAGGCCGAAUCCGGCCCGCCAGACCUCGUCAUGUGGCCCGUGUACAUUUGAAUAUCUACUUAUAUUCUAGUUCCGGGCAAGCGGCUUCUCUGAAAGACAGGAACCGGCCGCAGCCCCGGGUUUUUAUUCCCCUCCCUUCCUUUUGCUGCGGAGAGGAAGCGAGAACUGCAACGAGCCCCGGAACUGGGAAGAGGGUGCGUGGGUGACUGAGUUGGAGGGUGAAGAUUUGGGUUGGGCAAGAAGGAUCAAGGGUUGGGAGCGAAAGCGCAAGUCAGGGCUCCCUCGCCACCCCCACCCCCCUCUUAGGACAUCCGAGCAGACCCCGCAGCGCAGGCAGCCGUGAAUGGGGUGGGGGAAGGCAGGCGAGAGAGACCACCGAUCCGGGCCAGCUGUGCCCAAAGAGGGUCGGCGAUCCAGCUGCGCCUCAGCCCGCCUGCCCCCCCCUCCAACACGAAGAUCAGCCACACGAGCUCGCCAGCCGAGCUCCGGGACGCGGGCCUGACCGAGUCCCCGGCGCAGCCGCCAAAGCUAGCAAAUGCACGGGAGCGGCAGGGUGAGAAGAAGCUGGGCUCCGGUUAG